ACUCAGCACUGCUGUCAUUAUCUCCAAAUGUAACACUGCAGAAGUAUUUCUUUCACUUUUUAUCAAUUCACGUGAUUCUAAUGAAUUUUUAUUUUAAAAUAAUCGUUGGACAGGACAGCUGACCGUGUAGCGAUACAGUGCUGCUGUCAGCGAAAAAAAAAAUAAAUGGAUAUCCAUGCAUUUAUAUUGUUAUUCUCAGUCAAAGUUCAAAAUUUUCCGUGGUUUAUCAUUUAUGGCUUAAUCAAGUAGUUGAUCAUCGAUUUGAUUUCCAAGUAGUUUUACAUUGAUCAGAUAAUAGUGUUUUCUUAGAUUUUAUUCAUGUGUUCGAGCCAAUUUUUGUUUUACUACAAAUAACAAUUAUAGCUUUGAGUGCAGUUUGGUGUGUUGUGCAGAGUGUUCAAAAUGUCACACACAGAAGCAAGACCUCAAAGUCGAAUUGGAAAUGUUUUGAGUAAUGAUUCUUGGAGCAGAUCUGGAGAAGCGACAGAGGAAGAGAGUACUUUAUUGAAUCACCGUUCACAAGAAAUGCCAAGGGAAACUCAAGAUAGACCUUUUCAAGGUCCUUGUUCCACGUCUUCAUAUUUAGAGGAUAAAAUGCGAAGGCGAUUGAGAUUUUUUUUUAUGAAUCCAAUUGAAAAAUGGCAGGCAAAAAGAAGAUUUCCAUAUAAAUUUUUAGUUCAAGUUAUAAAAAUUAUUUUAGUUACUGUUCAACUAUGUUUAUUUGCUCAUAAUAAUUAUAUGCAUGUGAAUUAUGCAUGGGAUAAUAGAAUAUCUUUUUCUCAUCUUUUUCUCAGAGGCUGGGACAUUUCUCAAGAAGUUCCAGCAUAUCCACCAUCCACUGGACCUCUUGCUCUUUAUAAACAAGAUGAAUUUUACGAAACAAUUGACUAUGCACUGCAAGGAUACUACAGUUUAAAUAAUGCGAUUGGUUCAUACUCAUAUACAACUGAAAACAACUCAAUAGGAAGAGUUGAAUUGUGCCUUUACAAUUAUGAAGAAGGACAAAUAUUUUGGAAUAAUGAAAGUUUUGUUUUUAACAGUAAUAUAAACCAAGUUUGUCAAAAUAUAACAAAAGAAGAAAAAGGACUUUUAACUUCUAAAAGUUUUCUAGAAGAAAAGAAAAUUGAAGUUAAUUUCAAUACUCUAGUGAAAGCUGAGCUAAAAUUCACUGUAAAAACAAUUAACUUCAGAGCAGCUGGACCUUUAACAUCACCAGACUGUUACAAAUUUAGAAUUAAAAUAAUAAUGAAUAACGAAGACAUGGAUGGACAAAUGUUACUCUCACUUGAUUCAGAGCCCGUAAGAUUGUAUUGUCAUGGUGACACCUUGUACAGUGAUGAUGAUCAAAUACAAUCAUUUGUUCGAACUUUGCUUAAUCUGUUGGUGAUAUUUAUCUGUGCCAUUUCUUUAGCAUUGUGUUCAAGGGCUAUUUAUCGUGCACAAUUACUGAAGUUUGAAACUAUGGCAUUUUUUGACAAAAUGUAUGGCCAACCUCUUAGCUUUGAUGGUAGACUGGAAUUUUUGAAUAUGUGGUACGUCAUGAUUAUAGUUAAUGAUUUGCUGAUAAUAAUGGGAUCUGCAAUAAAGCAGCAGAUCGAAACGAAGCAAUACGGCGGUGAUCACUGGAACAUUUGCAGUAUUUUCUUGGGCACCGGAAAUUUACUCGUUUGGUUCGGAGUACUUCGUUACUUAGGCUUUUUCAAGACCUACAACGUGGUGAUUUUAACAUUGAAAAAAGCCGCGCCCAAAGUCAUAAGAUUUCUCAUUUGUGCCAUUCUCAUUUAUGCGGGCUUCACGUUUUGCGGCUGGCUAGUUCUUGGCCCGUAUCACAUGAAAUUCCGCUCCCUGGCUACCACUUCCGAGUGCUUGUUCGCUUUGAUCAACGGCGAUGACAUGUUCGCCACUUUUACCAUUACUUCCUUCAAGUCGCCGCUCCUCUGGUGGUACACACGAAUUUACUUGUACACUUUCAUAUCCCUCUACAUCUACGUCGUGCUCAGUUUAUUCAUAUCCAUCAUCAUGGACGCUUACGAUACGAUUAAGAUCUACUACAGGGACGGCUUUCCCAAAAAUGAUCUGCAGAGCUUCGUUUCGGUCUGCACCGACACGGCUUCUAGCGGAGUUUUCCGAGCCGACGACGAGGAGGAUCAAUUUUUCAGCGACUUGUUUGCCAAACUCUGUUGCUGUUUCAAGAGAAAGGAGCGAAACUUCAAUCCUUUAAUCCCCAGCUCGAUCUCCAGCGCCAGAAGCAGCGAUGAGACCGUCGAAUCAAAUCAGGUGCGUCCUGGCGUUACGCGAACUUAUAACACGUAGAAAUUCUACGGUUUAAAAAUCGCGUUUCGUUGUUGCCAUUCAAGCACAAUUAUUAUCUGUCGAAAAGAAUUGUUAUUUUUUUGGUUUUGAAUAUAUAUUUUUUUGAAAAAAAUUUUAUUUUUAAAGACUGAUUCGGAAGCGUUUAGAUUUUACAAAAUCGAAACUUUUAUUUUUAUCAAAAUUUUAAAAUUGACAUCAGCUACAAACUGAAUUUGAAGUAUAAAAAUGUAUAAAAUUAAAUUAAGAUCUUCGUGUCAAAGUAAUUGACUCGAAGAGUCAUUAUUAAGGUUUUCUCAGCUAGUUGUAAAAAAAAGUUUACCGCAAAUAGAUAAAAAUAAAUUAUAAAUAAAAAAAACAAUACAAAAAGUAUUAAUUUUUAUAGAUCACUAUCUGUAUGAUAAUUGUAUAAACAAAAACAUGAUUGUUGUAUUUUUAUUUACUGAUAUAUUUGAAAAUGCUUUAAUGAAAUGAAUAAAAUGUAAAAUAAAUUAUUUUUAUAUUGUUCAUUUGAAGAUAAUAUACAGAUAUGAUUAGCACAAUAUUAGUUAUCAAUAACUAUUGUUAAAUAUUUUAAAGAUUCUCAAUGUAUUAAAUUAUAACUGUAUUAUAUACACGAAAUAAAAGGAGAAAAAUAA